CACUUCUCUUGCUGCUACCACUUCCCUUGCUGCUGUUCCUACUGCUCGAGCAUCCGCAGCCGGCGUAGAAGAAUGGGGAGUCGUGACAUCGGACGUCGGCGCACUGCUCGAAUCGGGAGGGGUUACCAUGGUGGGUCUCUCUUGCUGAUCUUGGGCGGCAGCAGCUUCGGCGGCGCGAGCUGCCUCAGCAGCAAGUUUCGCCUUCGCCAUCCGACGGGUUUCGCGAGGGAUGGGGCCAGGCAUGUUAUCGGGGUCGUUGGGAUCAUUGGGAUCGUUGGGGGUUUGGUUUGGAUCGCCCGGGUUCUGAGAACCAUUGGGAACGUUGGCUUUCGGGGUUGAUGCCAUGUUUGGGACGUGUUUGGGUUUGAGAUUCUGAGUCUGGGAUUGUAGAAAAAGAUAAUGCUUGAUAAAAAGUUCACGAAACGUAG